ACGUGUUUGCAUUGAACACAUCCCGGGAUAUUAAUUGAAAGCUCGAUCUGAACCUUGCGUAUCUAUCUACACUCAAAAAUGGAUCUCCGACAAUCGAUCAGCAACCAAACCGACGUCUCUUUAGUCCUCGCAAAGCACAUACUGUUGAAGGAGGCCAAAGAUUCCAACUCGGUCUUCUCUCCUCUCUCGAUCCAUGUGGUUCUGAGCUUGAUCGCCGCUGGCUCCAAACCCCCAACCCUCGAUCAGUUGCUCUCUUUCCUCAAAUCCAAGACCACCGACGAACUCAACACCUUGUCCUCUCAGCUCGUCGGCCUCGUCUUCGCCGACGGUAGCCCCGCCGGUGGCCCUAAGUUGUCGUUCGCCAAUGGAGUCUGGAUCGACCGCUCACUCCCUCUCAAGCCUUCUUUCAAACAGAUUGUUGACGAUGUCUAUAAGGCGGCUUCCAAUUCUGUUGAUUUUCAGGCCCAGGCUGUUGAGGUAACCAAUGAAGUGAAUUUGUGGGCUGACAAGGAGACUAGUGGUCUUGUUAAAGAGAUUCUCCCUUCUGGUUCAGUUGAUGGUUCAACUAGGCUUGUCUUUGCAAAUGCUCUCUAUUUUAAAGGAGCCUGGAAUGAGAAGUUCGAUGCAUCUACGACUAAAGAUCAUGACUUCCACCUCCUUGGUGGGAGCUCAGUUAAAGUGCCCUUCAUGAGCAGCAAGAAGAAGCAGUCCAUUAGUUCCUUUGAUGGUUUCAAAGUCUUGGGGCUUCCUUAUAAACAAGGAGAAGAUAAGCGUCGUUUCACCAUGUACAUCUUUCUCCCAGAUGCAAAAGACGGGCUGCCAGCUUUGGUAGAAAAAGUGGGUUCUGAAUCUGGGUUCUUGGAGCGCCAUCUCCCAUACCAACAAGUAGAAGUGGGUGACUUCCGUAUCCCAAAGUUUAAGUUUUCUUUUGGUAUUGAAGCUUCUAAAGUGCUGAAGGAACUAGGGCUGGUGUCGCCUUUCUCUGGUGAAGGUGGUCUUACUGAGAUGGUGGACUCCCCAGUGGGUCAGAACCUCUAUGUUUCAAGUAUUUUUCACAAAUCCUUCAUCGAAGUUAACGAAGAAGGCACAGAAGCUGCUGCUGCUUCUGCUGGUGUCAUAAAGUUGAGGGGCUUGCGUCCUACUGAUAAGAUAGACUUUGUAGCAGAUCACCCAUUCGUAUUCCUCAUCCGAGAAGACAUGACUGGAGUGGUGCUGUUUGUCGGGCACGUGGUUAAUCCCCAAACAGCUUGAUUGAUGCACUGGUUACAAAUGGUAUUAAGUAGAUGAUGCCUAACAAACUCGAAUCUUUAGCAAGUCUUAAUGUUUGGUUUAUGCCUGUAUUUUGUUAAUUUUCCAAAAGCCCACAAGGUAUAGCAGGACUGGCUAACAUGUGCCCCUUGAGUCUUGACCCUCUCAUGUUAGAUCUGGUGCUGUUUUUCCAGUUUUCCCUCUCUUUUGGAUUAGCUGUGUGUCAGUGUGUGAAAUGUAUUGUAUUAGAUGUUAUCACGUGAUGCGUUUGUUUGUA